GCGGCGGCGGCGGCGGCGCAGCUUGCCGUGGGCUUCUCCGGGGCGUGGUCUCGGGCUUUGCCCACUCCACCCAGCGGCGCGAUCCACGAGCACCCAAGGGUGGGGGAAAGAGGGGGACGUGGAGAGGUGGGGAGGAGGGGGGAGCUCCCCAGCCGCAGCCCAGGAAGACCUUCGGGACCCAGGCUGCCCCAGCGGCGACGAUGGGGCUGGAGAAAGAGAAAGCGGACACCAAGAUCUUCAUGGAUGAAUACGGCUUCAACCGAAGCAGCAGCCCCGCUCUGUCGGACGCGGAAAAGAGCCUGGAGAAAACCCCGGACAGGGACCCGCGCGGGAUUAACACGCAUCUAAAGCUGGGAUUUGCGGAUGUGAUUGCGGAGCCGGAGUCCACGCACUCCUUCGACAAAGUCUGGAUCUGCAGCCACGCACUCUUCGAGCUCAGCAAAUACCUGAUCUAUAAGAUCCUGACGCUCUUCCUUGCUAUCCCCUUGGCCUUUGUGGCAGGGAUCCUCUUUGCUGUGCUCAGCUGUCUGCACAUCUGGAUUGUGGUUCCUUUCACAAAGUCCUGCCUUAUGGCUUUGCCCUCUGUGCAAGCUGUAUGGAAGAGCGUGACAGAUGUUUUCAUUGCACCGUUAUAUCACAGCAUGGGAAGGUGUUUUGCAUCGGUCGACAUACGCCUUGUCCAAGAGUGAACGUCUGGGAACUAACGCUACUCUAGUCUUAAACAAUAUUAAACCUCCUUGCUGAAUAAUUCAUUCCAAAUUACUACUGUUUAAAUGGCUGCCUUUUUUUUUUUUUACCUCUUCUUCCAUCGGGUUGCACUUUCCUGGAAACAAAGCUUGCUUUGGGAAUGGGGAAAAAUUGUUAAGAAAAAAUGAUCCCAUUUUCUAAACGAAAAAUAACAGGCUGUAUUUGACAUCACUUUAUUUUAAUGGUACUAUCAUUGUCUGGUUCCUACAGAUGUGUCAUGGGGAUAUACAUGACUACAUCACAUAUGCCUGCCUAGACAUUUAUUACUACAAUGAAUCCUAACUAAAAGAAGUCACUAUGCACCCCAGAUCAACUAAAGCAGUAUCUAUUGUAUUACCCAAUUUCUUUGACAGCUAAUACCUGGCCUAUUUCAUGCAUGUUAAACUAUACAGCUCACUCUCAGAAUUAUAAAUGCAUCCAGAAUAUUGUUUGUUACUCCUG